AUGAACUUUGUAAAGGACCAAUUGAAGGUGAUUGCAGAAUGGCCGAAAGAGAAACGUGCAACAGAGAUCGAACUGUGUGCAAAAGUCGUGAGCCAACUCCAAGAUAUUCCUGAAUUGCAUAACCGAAAGAGGGUGGAGCUUAUACAAAUCAUAUUCUGUAGUGUGCAAGAUACAAAAAGCUUCUCAUCCAUUCCCAUAGCCCUAAAGUUAGACUACUGCAAUCUCCUCCUACAAGAGAAUAUUCAGAUUAAUACGGCGGCAGAAGUUUAUGCGGGAUACUCCUCCACUACUUCUGAGAAGAAAUCGUCUGAUGCGGCCGACGAUUUGCCGAUCUUCAAUGCUGAAAAUUUGCAAAACAACUUGAAGAUAAUAUAUUACAGCCGGACGUUUUUGUCUAUAAUUGGAGGAGUAAUUGCUGGAAUUUUGGGAUUCACAGGCCUGAAUGGAUUCAUAUUUUAUUUCAUAGUCAUGGCAAUUACUUCGCUUGCACUUGCAACCAAGGCUGGAUUUUCCUUUCGUUCAUAUUUUGAAAGCUGGAACCAGAUUCUACUUGAUGGCUUUCUGAGUGGGCUUAUGUCGUUCGUGCUUUUCUGGACUUUUGCAUACGAUAUCAUUCACAUAUUUUGAGUCCAAAUGCUGGCACGAUUUGGAUUCUAGAGUAGCUGCAGUUUUCUGUACAAUUCGACUCGGAGACUGGGAGUUCCAAAGGAGUAAAUGAACUUUUGUCCAUCAAAAUGAUAAUUAGAUUGAGUUAUAUCUUUUGAACCCCUUUCCCCUUAAUUUUAUCUUGUUAAUUUCUUUUCUAAUCCUUUAUUACAGUGUGUAAAAUCUUAUUAGCGCAGCAUUUUCCAGUGAUGGGCAUAGAUUUUGUUUUGUUUAUUCUUUCUAGUUUUACAAGUUCUUAAGAUUAUUUGAUAAGUGUGAAACUGGGCCAAUAUAUUUGCCUUUAUCUGCGGACUUAUAAAUAUUUCAUGAUAAUUCAUAAA